CCUCUGUUUUCCAAGUUUUUGCUACAAAAGUCUAAAAGCCACUCAAGAAACAUUGCGAUCUGAGAAAACUGGGGGUUUGAAACAACUUUAGUCACCUUCCUAUUCCAUCAGGAAGUAGGAUUUCCAAAUCGCAGCUCUACAUCGAAGUAAAAGUAGUUUGUACCAGUCCUUGGAGUUUUAUUUUUUCCAUUUGAAGCAACAAGCGUUCAAGUCUCUAUUUUUGCUACAAAAGGAAAAAUCUCUAAAUCAAAAUCUAAGAUCCAGGGAGCGAGACAAAUAACACAAAGAAGUGAAGAUGAACAAAGGAAACUCUUCGGAUGAUGGUCUUCCAAAGUUCUUCAAAGUGUACUUACCUGAUGAAUCCGGAGAUGAUCUCAAAAUACCCAUUUCUUUCAACAGCUUUGUACCAAAGCCCUUUCCUAAAACUGUAACGGUUAGAAGCAUUUCUGGGAGCUCUUGGGAAUUGGCGUUUAGGAAAUGUAGUGGUGAUGAUGUUGAGAGGUUUGUUAUGGUUAAUGGGUGGAAGUUGAUAGCUAAAGAUGAAAAUCUCAAGGGUGGAGAUUUCUUGGAGUUUGAGUUUGACGGCUCUCGGCACUUCAACUUCUGUAUCUACGAGCGUGAGACCAUGUGUAAAAGAAGAAGAAGUUGUUCAGAGCAAAGCCAGGAGAUCAAAGUGGAAUCUGAGAGUGAAGAAGAAACUCGAGCUACUGAUGAGGAUGAUGAUGCCGAUGAUGAUGAUGAGGAUGAUUCUGAUUAUGAUAGUGAUGCUGCUCUUGAGGAAGAAGAUAAUGAUGGUGAUGAGUCUGAUGACAUUUUUGUUGAUGAUGCUGCUGGCGAUGAUCGCCAUCUUCUGGAUGAUCCCGAGAAUCCAUCUUUUACUCUGAGACUGAAUCCGAAGAAGCAAAGCCAAUUGCUCAUCCCAGCUCAAGUCAUAAAAGACUUUGGCUUGCAUUUCCCUGAGAGUAUCACUAUCGUUGAUCCACUAGCGAAAAAAUUCGGGACAUUGGAGAAGCAGAUCAAGAUUCAGACGAAUGGCACUGUGUUUGUCAAGGGGUUUGGCAGUAUCAUCAGAAGAAAUAAUGUGAAGACAACGGAUAAGAUGAUAUGCGAGAUCAUGAAGACGGGUGACAGUAACCUGGUUCAAACAAUGAAGAUCCACAUUCUUCGUGAAUGAUCCGUCAUGUAUCUCUUUAGUUAUCUGUUUCAGUAAGUUUUUAAGUUAAACCAAGACUACUGUGGUUUAUUAAAUUCAUGUAAAAGAGUCUCUAUUUUCUGAAUCCAGUCAGAUCUAUAUAAUGUCUUGUGUUGUUGACUAUACAAAUCUAUCUAUUCCUGUUUUGUGUGGCUGCCUGCAAC